CAAAAUAAAGGAAUUUUUCCAUGAGGUCACCAGUUUUUCAUCACUAUUUAUUCGCAACAAGACACCUUCUUCCCCAUUAGUCCACCAGCCAGCAGCAGCUCCAAAACCCUAGAUCCUUUCCCAUCUCUUCUUUUUUGUUCUCCAGUUGUUGGGAAGGAAGGAAGGAAGGAAGGGAGAGCCUGGCUAGCUUGACUUCUAUAUUUUAUUUCUUGCUUUUCAAGGUUUCCUUCCCCCAUAUCAUUCAUCACUCUGUAAAAAAGGGGGAAAAAUAGAAUAGAAAAAGGAAGGAAAAACAACCCAAACUGUACCCAUUACCCAACACUCACUCACUUCACAACCCCAAACGCACGUAAAGUUAGAGACUUUCCUUUGAUUCUUCCAAAACCCAGUUGCCAGAUCUAUAUGAUUUCUUAAACCCACAUUCUCUCUCGGGUUUUCCUUAAGCUCAUUCAUUCAUUCAUCAGUUUACGCGGACAAGAACAGAUAUUAACCGAUUUUUCUCUGUUUGCUGGAUUCUCUUUAAUGCUGUGCUACGAUUCUACCCAUUGGCUAGUUAAUGAAUGAUAUGAAGUAAAUUUCGUAUCUUGGCUCUUGAAUUUGCUUGUUUUGCGUUAUUUUGAGCUGAUUCCCAGCUUGAUUUUGUGCGAUCCGCUUUGAAAUAGGUGAGGGAGUUUGCUGGAGGUUUUAAAGGAGAUUCUGGGAAAAUUCUCUGGAGCUACAGCAAUCUAAUAUAGAUCUGAGGCUUUUCUAGCUGGCCAUGUUUUCUGCCUGAUAGUCGUACAAAUUGUGGGUUAGUUGUCGGGUUUUUCUUUGAGGAAAUGGCUGUUCCAUCAGGUAAUGUGGCGAUGUCCGAUAAAAUACAGUAUGGUGGUGGCGGCAGUGUGGGCGGUGGCGGCGGAGCUAAUGAGAUCCACCCUCGACAGCAGUGGUUCCCUGUGGACGAGCGUGAUGGGUUCAUCUCGUGGUUGAGAGGGGAAUUCGCUGCUGCAAAUGCGAUGAUUGAUGCUCUCUGCCACCAUCUAAAGGCCGUCGGUGAGCCGGGGGACUAUGAUUUAGCUAUAGGUUGUAUUCAGCAAAGGAGGUACAACUGGAACCCGGUGCUUCAUAUGCAGCAGUAUUUCUCUGUUGGUGAGGUGGUAUUCGCAUUGCAGCAGGUAGCGUCAAGGCGGCAGCAACUGCAGCAGCAGCAGCAACAACCGCAACAUCACCAGUACAAUAGAUACUAUUCUGAUCAGCCCAGGGCUGUUGCCAAAGAAUUCAAGAGGUCUUUUGGUGGUGCAGGGUUUAACAAAGGCCAUAGAGGGAGUGAAGCACCAAAAGAGUAUGUUCGUACUAGUUUAGAGAGUAACAAUUUAGAUGGCAAUGGUUCAGGAAAUGUGAGUUGUGAGACAAAGGAGGAUCCUAAAUCAGGCGCGAGUAAUGGUAAAAUGGACGAGAAGGUUUCAGCAGUUGCCCAGGAUAAGAAAGAUGCUACCACAUUGCCACACAAGGAUAGCUACUUAAAGAGUGGUCGAACCUCAGAAGAAACAGUGUCUGGGAAUUCAGAACCUGAGUCUGUGGCUGCUGAUGAUCAACUUAUUCCCAAAGAGAACAGCUCGGUUAUCAGUCAGAAUCAGAAUGAGAUGCCAAAUCCCAGUGGCAGUCCAAAGACUUUCAUUGGAACAGAGAUAAUUGAUGGAAAAACGGUUAAUGUUGUCGAUGGAUUAAAGAUGGUUAUAUGUGCUUUCUGUGAAGCAGGUCAAACAUAUGUUGCCUCAAGGCGACCUAUGAGAGGACAUGGAAGAGAGAUGAUUCAACUGGGUCUUCCUAUAGCUGAUGGACCUGCAGAAGAAGAAACCCCCAAAGGCAAGUUACAGUUUCUCUUGCAAUUUUACCAGAAAACUGAACCAAUCCCUCCCCUGUUGCAAGAUGUCAUUGACCGUAUGGUUGGCACACAAAUCAUGGCCACAAAGCCAGAUUCUUGCAUGAUCAAUAUUUUCAACGAGGGUGACCACUCGCAGCCUUACAUAUGCCCUUCAUGGUAUGGAAGACCUGUGGCCAUUCUUUGCUUGACUGGGUGUGAGAUGGUGUUUGGCAGAGUGAUUAAUUCAGAUCAUGCUGGGGACUACAGAGGCUCUCUCAAGCUAGCUGCUGAGCCUGGAUCGCUUCUGGUGUUGCAAGGGAAAUCCUCUGAUUAUGCAAGGCAUGCACUUCCUGCACUUCGAAAGCAGCGAAUUCUCGUCACCUUCACCAAGUCCCUGCCCAGGAAAUUCUCUCCUGGUGAUGGUUCAUCACAGCGUUAUACACCAUUAUCCAACACAGCAGCCCAUUCAUCCUCUCACUGGGGUCCACCGCCAAGUAGAUCGCCAACUCAUCAUGUUCGUUAUGCUGGGCCAAAGCACUAUGUUCCAACAACUGGUGUACUGCCUGCACCACCGAUUCGAGCUCAUCACCCGAAUGGUGUUCAGCCACUCUUUGUGGCUUCUCCAGUUGCAGCACAGGUGCCUUUCCCUUCCCCAGUUCCCAUCCCUCCUCCUGUUUCAGCCACCUGGGCAGCAGCAGCUGGUCAAAGGCACCCCCCACCGCGCCUGCCAACUGUCCUCGUGCCCGUCCCUGGGACUGGCGUUUUCCUGCCUCCAGCAACAAAUGACACUGCUGCUACAGACUCGGUUCCUUCCCCACCUGAGAAAGAAAGCGGGCAGGGGAAGCCUAGUCAGGGAGCGAAGGCCACGUUGAAACAGGAAUGCAAUGGAGAAAAGGCAGCCAAGGCAGAAGAGCAGGUUGCAGAAACUAAUGGAGUGUAGCGAGAGAGAGAGAGAGAGAGAGAUUUUGGCAAGUGAGAGAAGAGAGUAGGAGAACGGUGGUAAGCAAUGAGUUUGGAACCAAAAAAUGUAAAGAGCGGCGGCGAAACAUUGGAGACUAUUUGACAUGGAUCAUCUCAUAGUUACAACUGAGUGGGGGAGACUGAAAGGAGAUGGUGGGAAGAAGAAGAAGAAGAGCUUGGAGGUAGGAGAUGAUGGUAAGAGAAGCUUUUGGCUGUGGUUCUCUUUUACCAUUUGUCUCUACUUCCCAUUUUUUCUAUGUUUCCUGUCUACUCUGAUACUAUUUUUGGUGUCUCAUUAUAUAAUAUAGAAGUACCACUCACUAGGAUCAAUUCGGUUUUGGAUGAGAAAACCUCAACCUCAUUCUCCUUCCAUUUAAUAUUUAACAUCAUUAUAUCAUCACCUAGCCUACUUUUGAUGUUCUAACAAUGAGAAUCUAUCAUUAUUGUGUUUCCAUGUUGUGUCACCUAGUCUUUCAUUCGCUCAUUGUGGUUAUGCUGAAAAGAGGG